GUGCCCGGUGCGGAGGAUCAGACAGCCCUGUCCCUGGAGGAGUGCCUUAGGCUGCUGGAGGCCACCUUCCCUUUCGGGGAGAAUUCAGAGUUUCCAGCUGCGGAUGUCUCCACCCUGAGCGAAGCCGUGCCCGGCGAGAGCAGGUCCGCGGGCAUCCAGACCAGCCUGCUGUCUCCUCUCCUCACAGAGACCGAGUCGCCCUUCGAUCUGGAGCAGCAGUGGCAGGACCUCAUGUCUAUCAUGGAAAUGCAGGCUAUGGAAGUGAACAACACAACCGCAGAAACCCUGUACAACGGCACGAGCGGAGACCUGCUGACUUCUAACUACAGCCUCGCUCCGAACACUCCCAUCAAUCAGAAUGUCAGCCUGCAUCAGGCCUCUCUGGGUAGCUGCUCACAGGACUUCUCCCUCUUCAGCUCGGAAAUCGAAAGCCCCUCCAUGGCUGGCAGCUCGGCCCUGCUCCAGCUGGCGCCGGACAACUCCACCGGCCUCAACACCACCUUCGGCUCCACCAACUUGAGCGGCAUCUUCUUCCCUCCGCAGCUGAACAGCACAGUCAACGAGACGGCUGGCCCCGAGCUGCCAGACCCACUGGGCGGUCUUCUAGAUGAAGCCAUGCUUGAUGAGAUCAGCUUGAUGGACUUGGCGAUUGAAGAAGGUUUCAACCCAGUGCAGGCCUCGCAGCUGGAAGAGGAGUUUGAUUCUGACUCAGGUCUUUCUCUGGAUUCCGGCCACAGUCCUGCUUCUCUGAGCAGCUCAGAAGCCUCCUCCUCCUCCUCCUCUUCCUCCUCGUCCUCUUCCUCCUCCUCAUUUUCUGAGGAAGGAGCUGUCGGCUACAGCUCAGACUCUGAAAACGUGGACUUCGAAGAAGCGGAAGGAGCAGUUGGAUACCAGCCAGAGUACAGCAAGUUCUGCCGCAUGAGCUACCAGGACCCCUCGCAGCUCCAUUACUUGCCUUACCUGGAGCACGUUGGCCACAACCACACCUAUAACAUGGCGCCGGGGGCCCUGGAUCCCGAGGAGCCCAAACUGCCCAGCGCAGGGAAGAAGAGCAGCAAGGAGAAGCCGUCCGAGUUCCUGGAUAAGCAGAUGAGCAGGGACGAGCAUCGAGCCAGAGCCAUGAAGAUCCCCUUCACCAACGACAAGAUCAUCAACCUGCCCGUGGAGGAGUUCAACGAGCUCCUCUCCAAGUACCAGCUCAGCGAGGCGCAGCUGAGCCUGAUCCGCGACAUCAGGAGGCGAGGCAAGAACAAGAUGGCUGCCCAGAACUGCCGCAAGAGGAAACUGGACACCAUCCUGAACUUGGAACGGGACGUCGAGGACUUGCAACGGGACAAGUCCAAACUGCUCAGGGAGAAGGUGGAAUUCCUCAAAUCCAUCCGCCAGAUGAAGCAAAAGGUGCAGAACCUCUACCAGGAAGUGUUCGGCCGUCUGCGGGACGAGAACGGCCAGCCCUACUCCCCCAGCCAGUACGCCCUGCAGUACGCCAGCGACGGCAGCGUCAUUUUGAUACCUCGCGCCGUGGCUGACCAGCAGGCCCGGCGGCAGGAGCGGAAACAGAAGGACCGGAGGAAGUGAGGGACGGCGAUGCGGGAGGAGUGGGACACUCGCUCAAGUGAGAACUGGAGAAGGGCUGAGCCUGGAAGUACUUAGAGGAACUUUCAUGCCUUCUUAUCCGAUAUAUCUUCUCAAAAAAACGUGACUGCUGCCGGUCAGUGUACGGGAGAGACUGCGGGACCUGCAGGCUGAGUUUUGAGGGCUCCCUGCGGGGAGGGACGGGGAGGAGCGGACCCUGCACUGGCGAGCCCGGCGCCUUCCACAACCUGGAAUCCUUUGAGCGCAGGAAACAAGCUGUGGCAUCACUGGUGGUGAGAUUGGCAGAGGUGGAAAAACUACUGUUAGGAACUGGCUUUAAAUAAGAAAAGAGAUUUAAGCAAAUGAACUUAAAACAAGUUAUAGGAGAGACAUUUUUCUGAACUUCCAAAGUUCUGUGAUUUCAGGUAGUUGGUUUUUUUCUAUUUUUUUUUCUUUUUUUUUUUUUUUUUUUCUUUUCCUGAACCAGUUUUGACAUCGGUGUGUGUGAUUCAAUCUGACUUAAUUCCAGAUUAACCAACAUCCCUUCCUAGAUCAGACCAGUGCACACAUGGAAACACAAGUGGUGCGACUUCCAUUAACCCUUUCC